CGAAUUGYGAACACGUUCAKSAAGUGAUCUCACAUCUCCGCUAUUUUGAUGAUUAUGUCUUUAACUGUACWGUAGACUGUGAAUUAUUUUAUAACUGUAAUAUGUAAAAGAUUCUAGUAUGAUAUAUUUGAAGUCCCUUCAUCUUGAGCGAAUCUGUGGAAAACGAUUUYUCUCGACAUUGUUCAAGGCCGAGAUAGUUUCGAAGGAGAUUCCCCGAAUUGCAGGAUUGUAACUACUGAUCUAUAAUAUGUCAAAAGAGAACAACAACCAAUCUCAUCCAUAUCCUUCAAACAUGCCAUUUAGAAUGGGAUUACCAAUUCCAGUCUUUCCUCCUCAUAUGGGACAGUUUAUACCAAUGGGAGUAAUGCCAGUCAAUGGUAGCUUGCAAGGUUAUAUGGGAGAUGCAUCAAAGAGUGGUGUUCAUAGUAUUCUUCCUGGUUCACCAUUUGAWCACCAAUCAACACCAAAACAUUCUGAGAGUUCUAUGUUAACACCAACAAAUAGUCAAACUUCUCCAAUAUUGAAUGCAGAAACAAGUCAAUCUGGUCCUUUUCCAAGUGGGACAGAUACCAAAGAAGUCCUUUAUCCUCCAAUGCUUGGACCAUUUGGUAGAGCAGUUGUACCAAUGAUGCCUUCAGUUGUUUUUCUACCAUAUUUUCCUGGAUUUACUGGACUAAUUCCAAAUUAUUCUCAAUAUCCUUCUAUUAAAAGUUCAAAUCUACCACCAAAAGACUUYGAAAGUAAUCAAGAMAAAAACUCCAACAAUAAGACAGAGUCUAAUAUUUCUGAGACAGGCUCAGAUGAACUUGAUGUGGCACAAAUUCUUGUUGAUAUGCAAGGUCCUUCAAAAUAUAACACAGACUUUGAACAGAGAUCUGAAGCUGAUAACGAAUUAAGUCAUGAAUCACAAAGUGGUGUUUCARUUGCUCAUUUGCCAAGUYCUUGUCACCAAAGUUUAAAUAAUGAAGUUGAAAUGAAUAAUGAAGAAAAAUCUGAAAAUUCAAAUGAUGCUGAACAAAGUAGUGUCAAUGAAUGUAUUGUUGAAGAAAUUGAUAGUGGUCAACAACCCAUWAAUGAAAAUGAUGAUGCUCCAUUAGAAAUGAACAUUGAACAUAGUAGUUCCAACAGCUUCAAGGAMACACCRAUUCAAUUGGACAACACAGAGAAGGYUUCACAUACUGAGAUAAAAACUGAAAACAAAGAAUGUAAUAAUUYAGCACCRCAYAGUGCAGCAGUUGUGCCMAAUGAUGACAAGAUGCAAACUGAAAACAGUUCAUCAACCAUGGAUGAGGUUCAGCAAGAUGUUUGUUCAGAAAAUAACCAAAUAAAUCAUUUUGAUGAGUUGGAAUAUCCAAAAAGUUGUGAUGUUAUCUCASAGRAAACUAUURUUGAAUCACAUCCACAUGAACAUAAUUCAACAUCACCUGACCAAGAAAUUAGUAGUAGCACUAGUCUAGGAAACCAUGACAGUCAGGACAUAAAAGAUGAAGCUACUGACCAAAUUGCUCACUUGGAACAAGAAAACCUAAACAAUGAAAACAUUUCUGUAACUUCAGAAUUAGGAACUAAUGAAGAAUUGUCCAAAGAAGAUGCUAGUUGUUUGAAGGAGACAUUCAAAUGUGAUGUGUGUUCGCAGCUAUUUCGAAGUCCUCUUGGACUUCAAAAACAUAUAGAGUUUCACACAGAUGAUAGCCAUCUUUAUACAUGUACCAUUUGCUUCAAACAUUUUCAUGAUGAAAGCAGUCUACAGACUCAUCUUAACACUCACACCAAGAAGCGACCACAUAAGUGUUCAUUUUGCCCUAAAGCUUUUCGUGAUCCUGGUUCAUUACAGAAGCAUGUGCGGGUUCACACAGGAGAGAAACCAUACAAUUGUAAAGAUUGCUACAGGUCAUUUGCUGAGUAUAGCUCACUGCGCAAGCAUCAACGGGUACAUACUGGUGAACAGCCAUACAAGUGUCAAUAUUGCUCCAAAGCUUUCUCAAUCUCAGGCAAUCUUCAAAGGCAUAUUCUUAUUCACACUGGAGAGCGGCCUUAUAAGUGUAGUUUUUGUCCAAAAGCAUUUAAUAAUCCUAGUCAUCUGCGCCGCCAUGUAAAAAACCUUCACUUUAAGGGUGACUCUGUUAUUGAUGAAGCUAUGCUUAGUCACUAUGGCAACCCUGUUGCUAAGGCUUGUGAUGAACCAAUUGAAGAAGUCAUUGUGGAAACAACCCCUGAUACUCAUGGUGAGGUACUGUCAGAGAGUACUGAUCAAAACACUGCAACACAAGUUUAGUCUAACAAAUAUAGUGCAUUUUUGUGGAUAGUUUAGUUAAAAUCAGACAUAUCACAAUAGUUGCUCAUAAUUCUUAUGAGCUUUGUAUGUAUAUAAUGAGUUUUGUGGUGAUAUUUAACAUGAAUAUUAUAUGGUUAUUCUCAACAAAAUAUUUUGAAUCAUGACCUGUACAGUAUUUGUGACAAAAUGGUUUACAAGACAUGCUUAUAAUGUUUCAAUAAAAUUGUGCAAUCAUUCAAUUAAUUUCCUCGUGUUAAAGCCCAGUUCAAAUUGUUGAUUUCUGAGGCAACUUUUGCUUAGAUUUUUCAGGCAAUUUUCAAAAAUAUUAUAGAUUUUGUCUUAUCCAUGUGAAGAGACAUUUAGAAAGCUCAUCUCAGUACUGAAUAAAAUGUUUUAAGUUAAUUUGYUAAACAUUGUUCACUAGGGUCAAAAUGACCAACAAAAUUAAAGCAAAAAUCCCGUACAAAUCAUCAUAAAAUCAUUUCUGUGAACUGGCUAUAAAAAUGGUUGCUAUAGUGAUUUUGAGAUGUUGCUAUCAGAAUGUAAUAGACACURUAUUGCAGGGUUUUAUUGAACUAAGCAAUUGUCACCAAACAGGUUUUGUAAAAUAGAUUUAAUUUUGAAUAAUUUAUCAUCUAGUUAGACAAUAAGCAACAUUGUAACAACAGCAAUAUAUAAUGAUAAUAUAAUACUUGCAAGUAAUUUAUUAGGAUGAGUUAGUGAUUUCAUGCUCACAAAUCCUUAUCAUUGGAUUUUAUUACCAAUUUUAUAWGCUUUCUAAUGCUAAUGUAAACUAAGUAAAUUGCACACACUGCAGAAAAAAAAUUAAAUGAA